CAUGCUUCACAGUUUUUGUUGAACAAGUGGAAAGCUUUAUUCUCAAGUGCUAAGUCACAUGCUUUUAUAUCCUCAUGCAAUUUAAAACAAAGAACUCUCUAUGAAAGUGAGUUCUUCGUUUUCUUCCAAAUCCAGGAUAACUACAAUGUAGAAAAGUCAUUGUGGAUGUUUGUUUUGAUGGGAGCUAAGGGGUUCUGGAGUCUUCAAUUUAACCAAAUUAUCCAUGCCGUCUCAGACGAUGGCCGAAGCUCAUCAACACCACCAUCAUUGCCACAAAUCUAAGUACACAAAUUCUGGUAGUUUAGACUUGGCAUAUUUGGAACAACUCCAGGCAUAUACUGCAUGGGUCAACUCACAGUUAAAGAAGCGACCAGGGAGUCGUGUAAUCCAAAAUCUGCCUAUAGACAUGAAGGAUGGUGUGGCAUUUAUCCAGCUGAUAGAAGUAGUUGCUGGGGAGAGUUUGCACCUCAAUGAAAACCCUACCAGCAUGGCGGCAAUGAAGGAUAAUGUUGACCAGGUUUUGCAGUUCAUGGCGGUCAACAAAAUCAAGAUGCAUCAUACUUCAUCUAAAGAAAUCCUUGAGGGCAGUCUCAAGGCCAUCAUGAGACUUAUUCUAGCACUUGCCGCACACUUCAAGCCUGGCAGUGUCAAGCAGACUGUCCAGAAUUCUAGUCUCCAUGCUGCACCUACUGGCCGUAAGGUGGCGCGCACCCCAUCUGCGGCAGCAGCUGCGGCAGGAGCAGCAGCAGCUAUUGCUGAGGCCAGUCGAGCUGCAGCUAAUGUUGGCAGACACAUACCUUCUCGACUGAAAAAACAUAGAGCUGAUCUGCUGAAGACACCCAAAGUAGAGGUGGAACAUUCUUCUGCCAGUGACACAGGCAGCCCUAUGCUACCUGCCAGUGACUCGUUACCUGGAACACCGCGUAAGCUGAGCAGAUCCUCAGUGGAAACCCCUAGGGAAACCAGAUCUGGGAGGUCUACCCCGGGAAGUGGGUCUAACACACCCAGACGUUGGAGGCAAGAUGGGUCUGAGCACUCUGGAUCAGAUGUUGAAUCUGGGGCGAGCUCUAAGAAAAAGCUGCUGUCUAAGAGGGUGUCGACUGUGGCGACAGAUUUCUUGUAUGAGUUGAGUCUGGAUCAUGAUGCUAUGGAUGACGAUGUUGGAGAGACCAAGGGAAUGCUGCUGGAGCUACAAAAACUUCUUUUAGAUGGCCGCAUAGAGGAGGAUGAAGUCCCUGUUGAACACACCCACCUAGAGGGGGUCAACCUGCAGGAGCAACUCACCAUAGUAAACAGCAGACUGAGUCAGCAGAGUGCAGAGUAUGACCAGCUCAAGUCAGAACGCAACAAGUACAAAGAGGAAUGUAUCAACUUACAAGGCAUGAAAUCAGGGCUACUAUCCCGCCUAAACCAGCAGGAGGAAGUGAUAAUGCAGCUGAAAUCUGAGCUACUCAAGCAUGGCUUUGAACAGCAGAACCGAAAUGCUGAUGUGGCAGAACUUCAUCGUAAAGUUGACGAGAGAAAUGGAGAGAUAUCGGCCAUGAGAACAGAGUUGCUGCGACGAGAGAAGGCAAUGGAUCGGCAGCGUGCAGAGAUGGAGGACAUGCUACGAGAGAUGGAGCAGAUGAGAUAUGCGGAGGCCGCCUCAGGUCACCAUGGUGAUGAAUCCCAGGUGCUGGAGCUUCAACAGAAGAUAAUUGAGCUGCAGGAACACCUCCAGGCAGUGACGUCACAUGAGGCUGACAUCUCAAGUCGGAUAGUGACGCAAGACCAGAAGAUGUUAUCUCUUGAACAAAAGAUUUUGUCUUCACAAAAUGCAGAUCAGCAAGGGUUGAGUAGACCGUCCACAGAGGAGAUGGAUAUGGUCCGAGAAGCAAUACAGAGUUUGCGUGAGUGCUUCCGCUCACAUGACCCUCAUCAGCACACCCUGGACACUCUUGAACAGACUAUAACAAGCCUGCUGGAUAGGCCAGUAUUAAACGGGUCAUUCCACAGAGAAGAAGAAGUAAACGGUGUGGAGUAUAAUGAUAAGUAUGGCUAUGUGAAGCAGCACCAUCGACAUGACGGCUCCAGGGUGCUUGAAAGAGACGGCACAGGAGUCUCUACCAAGGUGCUGUACUUCACUGAGAAGACUGUCACCCCUUUCCUUACCUCCAUCCCUAAAAGGCUGGGUAACAUUACUCUACGAGACUUCAAGCACAUGUUUGAUCGCCCGGGACCAUACAGAUUCCAUUUCAAGGCUCUUGACCCAGAGUUUGGUACUGUCAAGGAAGAGGUGAUUGAAGAUGAUGACAUCAUCCCGGGCUGGGAGGGGAAAAUCGUGGCAUGGGUGGAGGAGGACAUGGCACUUUUACCUCGGUAUUCAGAUGGCCACUCCCUGGCUUCAGCUGACAGGGAUGGGUGACCCUGUCUACACAAGGCACUUUGUUCCUGGUACUUAGACAAACAUGACCUAGCUACAAGAGACGCAAAGAGAUAACCUAGUCUAUUCCUUGAAAUACUCAUGCUAAAUGACCUGGCUAAAGCUGACAGAAAAAGCAUUUCUAAAUACACUUCCUAGUACUACAUAUUGCCUGAAGCAGGCUGAAUGGAUUUGAUUACCCUGUCUAAGAAGAGCACUCCUCCAUGGUUUUUCAUACCAGAUGACCUGGCUAAUAUGGAAAUGAAUAGGACAACCAUGUCUAAGAGGGGCCACCUUAGUGUUUCUCAUACCAACACAGACUGACUAAAGCAGGUGAACAGGAAUGGGAUACCCUGUCUAAGAGGUGCACCCCACCAAGGUUCUUAUACCACAUGACCUGGCUAACACAGACAGGAAAAGGACAACCAUGUCUAAGAGGGGCUACCUCAGUGCUUCUUAUAUGACACAAACUGAUUAAAGUGGACAAACAGGAAUGGGAUACCCUGUCUAGGAGAGGCGCUCUUGAAGUACUCUUACAAAAACUACCUGGCUAUAGUGAACAGGUAUUCCUAUGGAUUCAACAGUAACCUACCUACAGUGAACAGAAAUGGAUGACCCUGUCUAAACAAGGCAUUCCUUAGUGAUAAUGAUACCAACAGAUCCUGCCUAAAGCAGACACAGAAAUAGAUGACCCUGUCUAAAUGGGGCACUUGCUACUUGGUACCUAGGAAUGGAUUUUGGGUCAAACUGGACAAAAUCCCAAGUUUGGAAGAAUGACAACUAUAUACUUCAAAAAGUAUAUAGUGUAUACAAUUGCUUCAAUAUAAAAACAUCCUGCUCCCAGGGUAAUCCUACCAAUCAACUCUUAGGAAAAGCUCAUAAUGGGUUUAUUGGUUAUAUUGAAAUGUUACCAGGCCAUAUCCCAGAGGGAAAAAUGGAUUUGGAUAUCCCUGAACUCAAUGCCGGCCCUGAUGCACAGUAUUUACACAGUGAACACUUGAUGGACUUAUUUUCAAUUAAAAAUACAAGUAAAUUAAUUUCCGGGUUUAAGUAACCCAAGUUCACAAUGGCAUUGUAAAUUAGAAGAAAAUGAUAUUGUUUUAUAAUAGAGAUUUUUUAUCUCUGAAACGAUAGUAUUAUAAUGACAUGUAUAUUUUGUAAAUAAUGUGUGUGGAUGAAUUACAGCAAUUUAGUUGCAAUGUUCUCGAGCAA